UCUGUCGUUGGUAUUGGAUGGGAUCUCUUGAAGAGCUAUGUAGUUGUUCCCAUGGAACGUGGAUUCGGAUACGUGAUCUCCUCCAAGAGAUUCACCAACCGUCUUCGGAGGGAAGCCCAGAAUCUGGCGAACGAAGUUCAGAGGGUCGGGGCUCUUGAGGAACAGGCCAGAAGCAAUGUUCGGGAAUUUAACGUUGUCUUCAUGAGUUGGAAGCGAAGUGCUGACGAGGGCUUGGCAGAGGCGCGAGAUCUGUUGGACGACUUCGAAAAGGCGCCCAAGACUUGCUGCUACGGGACUCUUCCCGACCCCAAAUCUCGCUACCGGUUCAGCGGGAAGGCGGAGGAGAAGAUCGAGAUCAUUAAGCAACUCACCCAAAACUGCAUCAGAUUCAGGGCAUUGGACGACAUUUGCUUCAUCGAUUCUGCUUCGGGAAAUGUCGCUGCUCUGACUUCUGCCGGGAGAGAAGGCAAAGGUGUUGUCCGGCCGAUCGCUGCAACGGCCUCCACUUCUUCUGCCUCGACGUCGACUAAGCUUGGGGAUGACGGCGUCUUUGAAUCCAGAGCUUUGAUAACGCAAAACAUCAUGGACGCUCUCGCCAAUAACAGCAAUAGUGUGGUCGGGGUUCACGGGAUGGGCGGAGUCGGCAAGUCCACCCUCUUGGUGGAUGUCGAAAGGAGAAUAAAGAAAGAGAAGUUGUUUGAUCUGGUCGCUAAAGCCACCGUGUCGGUAAAUCCAGACAUCAAGACAAUUCAAGGAGAUAUUGCGGACGCCUUGGGCCUUACUGACAUAAAGAACAAAGAGACCAUCGAAGCGCGAGCAAAACUUCUGCACAGGAGGUUGAAAGAAGAGGAGGGGAAGAACAAGAAGGUCCUCAUAAUACUAGACAACCUAUGGAAGUGUCUCAACUUAGAAUCAGUCGGCAUUCCUUGCAGAUAUGACAAUAAAGUCGUAGGAUGCAAGUUGCUGUUGACGUCAAGAGAUCGUGAUGUUUUACAAACUGAAAUGGGGUGCGACAAGGACUUCCCCCUUGGUGAGCUGAAGGAGGAAGAGGCGAAAAGAUUGUUUGAGGAGCUGGUGGGAGACAAGGUUCAUGAUGACGACUUCAAACCCUUGGUGGAUAAAGCACUCCUCAAAUGUGCAGGUUUUCCUUUCCUGAUUGUCAAUAUGGCAAAAUAUUUCAGACAUGCUAGUUUAUCUGAAUGGGAGAUUGCUUUGAAUCAAAUCAAAUUGUCUAAAAACAAAAGAUUUGGUGAGGCGAUAAAUAACAUGUUGCAAUUGAGUUAUGAUCAUUUAAAAGAUGCCGAGAAGUCAUUAUUAGCACUCUGUGUUGCUUAUGGCACCUCGAAGCCCUCUUUUGAAAACUUGGUGAGGUACGGGGUGGGUUUGAGGCUAUUUCAGGAAGCUGAUAACAUGGAAGAAGCUAGAGAGAGUUUGAGAUUAGGGAUUCGUACUCUUCAAGCGUCCUCCCUAUUGUUAGAGGACGGAGACACAUAUGGUUUCAAGAUACAUGACUUGGUUCAUGAGUUUGUUGCCUCAGUCUCUUCAAGAGACCACCCUAUUCUCGUGUUGAAAGAUAAAGAUAAGUCGAUAACAGAGUUGCCGAAGGACAAGCUCAAAAGUUGUAGGGCAUUAUGCCUUCCAUACGUCGACAUGCAGGAGCUUCCCCAAGAGUUAGAUUGCUCUGAAUUACGGAUCUUUUUGUUGUUCACAAACAACAGAUCUCUUAAGGUCCCAUUUUCAUUAUUUCACUCCAUGAGGAAACUCACGGUAUUAAAUCUCUCGGGGAUAUGUCUCACUUGCUCCUCUUCGUCGCCGUUUCAGUUUUUGGAGAACUUACACACUCUAUGUCUUGAUGGUUGUUCGUUAGAUAAUGUAGCCAUUCUUGGUGAGCUAAAAGGGCUACAUAUUCUCAGUUUUGUGAAUUGCAAUAUUUAUCGAUUGCCAAGAGAAAUUGGGCAACUGACAGAGCUUAAGUUGUUAGACUUGAACCAUUGUCUAAAACUUGAGAUAAUUGAACCAAGUGUACUUCAAAGCUUGAUCAAGUUGGAGGAGUUGUACAUGCAAAAUAGCUUUGCUCAAUGGAAUACCAUGGAGCAAACUCCACCAACUAAUGCCAGUCUAAUUGAGUUGAAUCACAUGAAGAAUCUCCGCACUCUGCAUGUUUCCAUUCCUAAUCUGAGUGUGCUUCCAGAGGAUCUAAAUGUCGAGAACUUAACCAAGUAUGAAAUCCGAAUAGGUAAUGCGUGGGGUUGGUCGAGAAAGUUCAAAGGAUCCAAGACAUUGGAGCUCAAGUCGGAUCCACUCGGCAAUAUCCUACAUAAAGGAUGCAUUCAAAGUAUUUUAGGCAAAACUGACAAUCUGCUUUUGGAGCAAUUGCAUAGAAAUGAGCAAAGUAUUUGCGUGUUAUCCCAAAAAGGUUUUCCAGAAUUAAAGCAUCUACAAGUCAAGAAUAGUCCCUCUAUCCAUUACAUCCUCCAAUCACCAUCCCAUAUACAUUUUAAGAUGUUGGAGUCAUUAUUUCUCAAGAAUCUCAUCAACUUGGAGAUGAUAUGCCACAGCCAUAUCUCCUCCAAGUCCUUUAGUACAUUAAAAGUAGUAAAAGUCAACAGUUGUGACAAAAUGGAAGUGUUGUUUCCUCUUUCGGUGGUGAGAGAGCUUCCACGAUUAGAAGAGAUCAAAGUGGUCGGUUGCAAGUUAAUACGCACAAUUAUAGAAGCUGAUGAUUGUCACAAAUUUGAGUUGCAUAAUUUGCAUGUAUUGAAAUUGCGUGACUUGCCAAAUAUCAAGAACUUUUUCAACGUGAGGUCAACUCUUUCGAGUAGUACAUCAGACGACCACGUUAGCACUCAAAUUGCAUUCUUCAAUGGGCGACAGGUUUCAAUCCCAUCCUUGGAGUCCUUGACAAUGGAAGGACUUCCCAACCUAAAAGAGAUAUGGAGCGAUGAAUCUCCAUUGGAACUAAGCAAUCUCCAAUCUCUCAUAGUGGUGCAGUGUGAAUCUCUCUUGACGGUUAUUAGCUCUGAGUCGUUGUCGAAACUAGACAAGUUACACACUUUAAUUAUCAGAGACUGCGUUUCGGUGCAAGAAAUUUUUGACCUUGAUGGACAAAGUGGUAGUGGAAAUGUUGAGACUCUCUCUCAAUUAACCAUUUUGAAAUUAAGUAACAUGAGGAGCUUGAGGUGCAUAUGGAACAAGAAUCCUCGUGGAAUAGUGAGUUUCCAUAUUUUAAAGGAGUUGGAGGUGGAUGAAUGUAACAACCUUAGGUUUAUCUUUUUCCCAUCCAUGGUUAAAUCUCUCGCACAAGUGAGAGAUCUAAGGGUAGAGGAUUGCAAGAAGAUGGAGGCAAUCAUUAUGGAGGAAGAAGGAUUUGGAAUGGAAACAUCGGAAACUCUAGCACUCCCGAUGUUAACCAACUUAAACUUGAAAUACUUGGAAAGUUUGAAGUGCUUCUCUCAUAGAAAGUGUUCACUAGAAGCUCCAAGUCAAGACCGGGUCCAAUCACACUCCCCUACACUCUUCAAUCGAGAGGUUGCCUUUCCUAGCUUGGAGACAUUAGAUAUCAAGGCCAUGAAUAUCGAGAAGAUAUGGGACAAUCAAGUUGCUGUGGAUUCUUUCCAUAAUCUAAAAUCCCUUUGUGUGGAUGGAUGCAAUAAGCUAGCGAACCUUGUUCCUUCUUGCAUUCUAGGACAACUCUUGAGCCUUGAAAGUUUGGAGGCAACAAAGUGUGGUGCCCUUGAAGUUGUUUUCAAACUUCAGCCACCGAAUACUCCAGAUGGACAUAUUAUUGCUCUUCCGUUAAAAGAGCUUACGGUAUCAAGCUUACCAAAGUUAAAGUGUUUAUGGGAUAAGGAACUCCACCAUCAAGUUAAAUUUCAGCGUCUACAUUCUAUUAGCAUUUUUAGAUGCAAGAACCUCACCUCUCUAUUUCCAGUUUCAGUAGCCAAAGAUCUAACGCAACUUGAGGAGCUAGAGAUUGAUGAAUGUGGCAUUGUGGAACUCAUCGAGAAGGAAGAAGGACUAGUUCCUGAGAUUGUGUUCCCAAAAUUAAUCUCCCUCAAGCUUGAGGAUCUAAGAGAGUUGAAGUGCAUCUACACUGGAAAACAUAUUUCCUAUUGGCCAGCGUUGAAAACCUUGAAGGUGAAUGGCUGUUAUAAAGUGGAGAUACUUGCAUCGCACCCUAAGAAUGAGAUGCCACUUGAUAAACAGGCUCUCUUCCUAAUAGAAAAGGUUGCAUUUCCUAGCUUGGAGGCAUUAAAUAUUGCUAGCUUGGAUAACAUCGAGAUGAUAUGGGACAAUCAAGUUGCCGCAAAUUCUUUCCCUAAGCUAAAAUCGCUUCGUGUGGAUAGAUGCAAUAAGCUGGUCAACAUUGUUUGUUCUUUCAUUCUAAGACGGCUCUUGAGCCUGGAAAGAUUGGAUGCAAGAAGAUGUGGUUCGCUUGAAGUUGUUUUUGAACUUCAACCACUGAACCAUCUAGAUAGAAAUCCUAUUGCUCUUCCAUUAAAAGAGCUGACGGUCUCAGAAUUACCAAAGCUAAAGUGUGUAUGGGAUAAGGAACUCCACUGUCAAGUUAAGUUCCAAGGUCUACGUUCUAUUAGCGUUUCUAGAUGCGAGAGCCUUGCUUCUCUGUUUCCAACCUCAGUAGCCAAAGAUCUCAUGCAACUUGAGGAGUUGAAGAUCGAUGAAUGUGGCAUUGCAGAAAUCAUCGAAAAGGAAGAUGGACUAGUUCCCAGGUUUGUAUUCGCAAAGUUAACCUCUCUUGAGCUUAAUUAUCUGGGAGAGUUGAAGUGCCUCUACGUUGGAACACAUACUUCCCAUUGGCCGGUAUUGAAGAGCUUGAAGGUGCAUGGUUGUGACAAAGUGGAGAUACUUGCAUCGCACCUUGAGAAUGAGAUGCCAAUUGAUAAACAGGCUCUCUUCUUGAUAGAAAAGGGCGCAUUCCCUAAUCUCCAAGAGUUAAAAUUGGAUUUAUCAGAACGGAUGGAGAUAUGGCAUGGGCAUUUUCAUGAUGGAGAAUUCUUUUGCAAGCUUAGUUUGCUUAAGCUUUGUCAUCUCUCCCAGGAUUCUUCAAUAUCCACAUGUUGCUUCAUUGAGAGUUUAACCAACUUGGAAGAGCUUGUUGUUUGUGAAUCUUAUCGAGAAGACCCAAGCAUCAAUGAGGAAGCCAUAGAAGGCAGGAGUCAUGAGAUGAAAGUAAUAUUGCCCUUUCCAAGAUAUAUUCGACAUCUGCAAACUCUUGAUGUGUCACAUUGUGAUGGGUUAUCAAAAAUGUUCACACCGACAAUUGCUGAAAAUUUGGUGGCACUCACAAAAUUGAGGAUAAGUAAUUGUAGAAUAUUGACAGAAGUCAUUAAUGAUGAGAAAGGUGGGGAUGGCCGUGUGGUGGCUUUCAAUCAACUGAAGUAUAUGGAGCUUGAUGGGUUGAUAGGGUUGAGAAGUUUUAGCUUAGGUGGAUACACUUUGAUGUUCCCGCUCUUGGAAGAUAUCAUUGUGACUAGAUGUCCCAACAUGAAGUUUUUCUCUCAAGGACCGAUGGAGGCAUCAAAGUUAAAGAGAAUUCAAGUAUCAAGGAAAGCGUGGUUUUGGGCAGGAAACCUCAACAUCACCAUCCAGAAUAUGUUUGAAGAAAUGGGCACGUUUGUUGGAGUAGAGAAAAUGCUACUAUCUGAGUUCCCUGGGUUGAUUGGAAAAUGGCACAACGGACUUAAUCCCAUCAAGUCGUGUUGGCAACUAAAAUCAAUGGUGGUAGAUAAAUGUCCGUCAUUUAUUAAUGCUAUUCCAUCUAGAUUGAUGCUGGUCUUAGACAAUUUGAGCUUUUUGCAAGUGCGCGAUUGCAAGUUGCUUGAAGAAAUAUUUGAUUUGGAAGGGCUGGAGGCUGUGGAAAGCACUCAAGUACUGCCUAAGCUACAAGAAUUGAACUUGGCCAAUCUACCAAAAUUGAGGCAACUGUGGAACAAAGAUCUUCAAGAAUCGAUACGCUUUGAUUCUUUGACUACUCUCAUCCUUUAUAAUUGUAGUAACUUGGGACAUGCUUUUACUUCAUCAAUGGCUCAAUGCCUUGCCAAUCUUGAAUGGAUGGAAAUAAAGGAGUGUGGUCAAAUGGAAGAGGUGAUCGUAGAAGAAGAAGGGCAUGGAAGCGCAGUGGAGAAGAUUACAUUCCCAAAGCUCUGGUGGAUGAAAUUGGAAUGCUUACCCAAUUUGACUUGUUUCCUCUCGAGAAAAAAUCAUACACUAGAAUGCCCCAAAUUAUCAAUACUGAGCAUUACCCAUUGCCCCAAGAUGAGAAGUUUGACUGGGCAAUCUCGAAUGGAGAAUGACCAUGGCACCCCUGCAUUUUUCACUUCCCAGGUACAAUUUCCUCAACUUAUGCAGAUGGAUCUUUCCCACAUGGACAAUUUAAGCAAAAUAUGGACUGACGGUCCUCUAGAAACUCUGACUUUUGAUUGUUUAUGGAAAGUGAAGGUUCUGAAUUGUAAGAGCCUUGAAAAUUUGUUUCCAUAUUGGGUGGCUACAAGUUUAACCCAACUUGAAAAACUUAAAGUGAAGUCUUGUGAGAUCGAGGAAAUAGUCGCUAGUGGGGAUGACACUCCACGCUCCAAUACUACUCAAGAUCUUUUCCCAAAACUAACCUCUCUGGUGUUACAUGACAUGCCACGACUCAAGAGCUUUUGUCCUAACUUGCCUUUGAAUUUGCCAUUAUUGGAGGAAUUACGAGUGACUCAUUGUGAAAAACUGAGCAUGUUAUCCUUUGUGGCAUCCAUGAACAAAUGGGCUCAAAGAGAUGAUCAACAAGACCUUUCGAUCAAGAAGCACACUCUUCAUUUGAGAGGGACUUUCCCAACUUGGAGAGACUUUUAUUAGUCGAUAACAAUAUUCAGAUGAUACAAGAUGGAAAUUUUUCGGAUUACAUGUUUAGCAAGCUAAAAGCACUAACACUAGCAUGCUUUCAUGAUAAAAAGGCUACCUUUCCUUCCAUAUUCCUCCUAGAGAGAUUUCAGAAUUUACAAAGCCUUGAAGUCUUCGUAGCUCCUUUGAAGAUUUAUUCCCGAACGAAGGGCUUGUUGAAGAAAGGAAACAUCCGGUGCUUGAAAAUUUAAGAGAACUUAAGUUGAACAAGCUACACAACUUAAAGUGUGUGUGGAGAGAAAACUCUUUAGUGUCGAAAAUUCUUCAGAGCAUCAAAAAAUUUCAGGUUUGGGAUUGUCCCUGUUUGACAACAAUAUUUCCAACUGAGACAUCCUUCCAGAAUCUGACAAAUUUAGUGGUGAAGAAUUCCUCUGGAUUGGUACAUUUAGUAAUGACUUCGGUAGUCACAAAUUUGGUACAUCUCAUUUAUAUGACUAUAAUAGGAUGUGAAAGAAUGAAAGAAGUAGUGGCCGAUGAUGGAAACAGAGAAGGAAAAGUGAUUUCUUUUGAAAAGCUAAGUCGGUUGACACUUGAACAUCUGCCAAACUUAGAAUGCUUCUCUUCCAUCCCAAGUUGCAUCUUUAGGUUCCCAUCCUUAUGGAUUAUUGAAGUGGAAGAGUGUCCAAAAAUGAAGACCUUUUCUAAGGGUACACUAAGCACACCAAAACUAGAUGAUGUGACACUGUUCAGAUACAAGUGGGAAGGGAAUUGGGAGAAGGGUGAUGAUCUCAAUACAACCAUACAGAAGUUAGCAGCAUAAAUCAAUGCACAUAGAAUUGUAGGAAGCAAAGCGGGUCUCUCCUUCUCCUUCUCUUCUUCUUGACGCCAAAGGCUCUUUCUCCAUCUUUCUUCUUCUUCUUCUUCCUCCGUGGAGCGAAAUUGGGGGAAGCCUCUGCUGCCUUCACAAAGGACGGAGCAAAAAUGAAGCAUCAGGAAUUGCCAGGACUGCGAGAAGCGAAGCUGCAAUUAGCGGAGCGGAGCCAAGUAGAUUCAACCAGACGCUGUCGUUGUCGCCGUCGUCGCCGCCGGAGGUGGCACCACCGAGUCUGGACAGUUAGUCGUCCACUCACUUCAUCAAAGAAGAUGAAGAUCACACUCUCUCUCCGCAUCAGUAUCCGACAAAUGGCUGGUCCAAACAUUCGAGCAGAUUGAGGCAUCCGGAGCUGGCUUUUUAUGGUCCCAUGCGCCCAAGGCCUCUCACUGCUUUUACAUCGGCCAACAAAUUUCAAAUGGAGCAUCCCUUUUCCAAAGGUGGUGAUGAGGCCUUCUUAUGUUAAGUUUGGCUUGGUGUAAAGAAGAUUGCUUUUGUUCAUUGACUAAGAGGAUGUGGUGAGACAAUCAGUGUUAGCAACUCCUGAAGCGUUAUCAUGAGAGUUCAAAAAUUGUGUACACCAUUGUAGAGUCUAUGAGCACUGUAUCGUGAUAUUUUAACCUCAAAUUGCAAGUUGGGAUUGAAGACUUCUAUUUGUCAGUUAACACUGUUAAUUGAAUUUACUGAAACUAGUAAAUACGAGCAUAUAUUAACAUUUUGUUUGCCUUGUCUUUUUAUUGUUUGUUUGUAUUUAAUCUUUUCCUCAUCAUGCUACAUUGGCGGAGUGUUCCUUGUGAAUUCAUAAAGAAGUACAUUCAGAAGAACCAUUAGAUUGCUACUCUUAGGUAUUUGAACAAAUCAUGACCAGUGCAACUCAAGACCUAUCAACACCAUUUUUUAGCAAACAUCUCUGUGGUUGGCCCAUGUUUGUGAGACAAGCUUAUCUGGAUGAAGGGGAUGUCUGCGUGUUUGAGCUCAUUGAUAUGGAUGAUUUUAUGGUCAAAGGCUCCAUCUCCAAUUAUGCUUGUCAGAACAGACAAGUCUGAAUGUCCAGUGAGCCCUCCUAAGAAAUUUUUCAUGAUUCCAAGUGUUCGAGGCCUCUCACUGCCCUUGAGAAAGCUAGAGAAUUCAAAUUGGAGUAUCCCUUUUCCAGACAGUGAUGUGGCCAUCUUUUCUUAAGAAAGAAGUGGUGGCUGCCUAGGCUUGGGAAGAAGAGGUGACACGAAAUGUCCAGCUUAAGCCAUAGCUACUGCAACAGGCCUAGGCUUGGCAUGACUGAGCUCACUGCAACAGCAUGGCAACACUAGUCAGAUAUUGCUC